UUCUCCAGGUGGCGCUGUAAGCAAGAAAACAGCUGCCACGCGACAAGCGCUUACCGAAGAACACAAGAGAGCUGCUUCAUUUAUCACCAUGCGUCCGUUUUAGAUUACAUUGAUUUGUUUGGCGAAGAUUUUAGAAGUAGUAACUGCUGUUUCAUUUUUAAAAGUAAAAUGCAGUAAAAUGGCCGCGAAUCCACCGGGACAAGUAGGAUUUCAGAACAAAAACAGGGCUGCUAUUCUAGCUGAGCUGGAUAAGGAGAAGAGACGUCUGAUACAAAGUCAGUCUAUGAAUAACCCAGGAGCCAGCAUUCCCCUCUCUCGAGCAGCAGUAAAUAAAGAGUUCAGGGAUCAGGCCGAACAGCAGCACAUUGCAGCACAGCAGAAAGCAGCGUUACAGCAUGCACAUGCACAUUCAUCCGGCUUCUUCAUCACUCAGGAUUCUUCCUUCGGUAACCUUAUACUGCCUGUGUUACCAAGACUGGACCCGGAGUAAAUAAACAAUCAGCUACAUAGACUGACUUGCUGUUUUGUAAAAACUUGCUACUCAAAGCUGUAAUGUGGUUAUGCUAGAUGACUUUGGUUUUUCAUUAAUGUAAAGGUUUCUGAUUUUUAGGUUGUUAUAUGCUAGG